GCCAAUGAACUCCUUCGUCGUGAGCUCGAGAAUCGUUUGCGUGCUCCUCUUCCGGGUGAGCAGCAGACCGUUGUGGUUUCAGAAUGUUCUGGAGUGCACGACUGCUUAAGGUGACUUUCGAAUGCUGCAUAAGUAUGACACUCAAGCUAAGAGGAAAGCAAUGGGAAACAACAAUAUCACUCAAUAUGAUACGAAUGUUACGUCAAAAGCUGGAACCGAAUGGAGAGGUCGAAGAAAAGUGGAAAUGAUGAGAGGUCGGUUAAUUUUGGAAGUGAACAUCCUCGGGACGAUCAUCCUGUUCUUGGUGAGGUUGAACGUCGAUGUUCGCAAGGGAAUACCCUUAAUGAUGCUGAGAACAUGNUUGGAAGUGAACAUCCUCGGGACGAUCAUCCUGUUCUUGGUGAGGUUGAACGUCGAUGUUCGCAAGGGAAUACCCUUAAUGAUGCUGAGAACAUGGUUGUGGAGAGGGGUGGAGAUGAUUGUCGUGUCGAUGGGGAUGGUUUGCGUAGAGAUGGCUCGGUGCCAGCAGAACCCGUCAUUUUUGCCCUGGCCCCACUGGAACCUAGUAAAAUGCAGUCGAAUGGAUGCUUUAUGUGCGGCAAUUCAAAGGCAUCUGUUCAGCUAUUUCCAUGCAGCCAUGUCACUUGCUUCCGGUGCACAAGAGAACUCCAGCUGAAUGUGCUGCCCGAUAGUUUGACUUCGAAAGGUGGAUGGAAACUGCAUUCGCAAAUCCAGUCUCUGAGAGGUAGCUUUUCUUCAUGCCCCAUUUGCCGACAUGUCCUAGGAGGAGGUGAUCAAGGAGGAAAUGGUUCGAAAAUUGCGAAAGCUAACAGCAGUCAUGGACUUGGCGACCGCGUGGAUACUUCUAGCUCAGGAAGGCCACAGGAUGGCCGGAUUGAAGUAGUAGCUGGGUUGAGUGGUGGGGAGUGUGGUGGAGGUGGAGUACUGAAGUCCCGCCGAGGUGGUGGGGAGGGGAUGGGGGAGACAGGCGGGGGAUGUGGCGUCAAGCAAGCGCUGAUAUUGAGCGGGUGCACAGCAGCGACGGUGAAUAGAGGUGGGUCUGGGAAUUCAGGCGGGGGAUGUGGCGUCAAGCAAGCGCUGAUAUUGAGCGGGUGCACAGCAGGGACGGUGAAUAGAGGUGGGUCUGGGAAUGCAGUGGGAAGUAGUGUCUCUAAUAAAGAUGGUCCUGGAACGCCUGUUGCAUGGCAUUCUGUCAAAGGGGAAAGCGAUUCCCGAGCUGUAGGAAAGCCGGGUCCACGACCGCCGUCCGAUCUGGAUUCUGAGUGGCCAACGUUGGAAGCAGCAGUCAGCGUUUCGUCAUCUGGUAAGCGCAGCUCAGGCCCAGGCCCAGUUCGAAGCAACGGGAGGCAAGGCUCCAAAGCAUGGUCGGUGAAGAGUCGCAGCGCAAGCUCUGGGGCAACUGGCCUCACUUCUGCUGGAGGAAGUGCCGAGGAUGGUGCCUGUGAUGAUGAUACAAAUGCAGCCGCUGUGGCUUUGAAACUGCCCAGCUCUGGAGCGCAGCCUCUGAUCAGUCAGAGUGCUGGCAGCAUAGGUUCUAUUGAAAAGAAAGAUGCGAUGGUGGAAUCGGCGGUAGCGGAUAGUGUGGGGUUCAAUAAAAAUGCCGGGUCCAGCCGAUUAAUGAGUGUGUGGUCGGCGCGGCCUUUGCAGGAGUUUCCCUGGCCAAGCAUGUCAGUCCUGGACCAGGCGCUGUCACAGCCUCGAGCAUCCAGUUCUGAGCAGAUUAAUCCAUCUUACACACAAAGCUUGUCCUCCGUGCCACCAGUCUCUGCACAGGGUGCUCUUGCUGCGGGAUUGAGUGCAUCGGCUGCGGGGGGACUACUCCAAUUUGAUUGCGCACAAGGAAGUGAAAGUGGUGAUAGCUGCUGUAUACCAACCCAGGGGGGUGGCUCCUUGUCUGUAAUGAGGCAAGGUUGUCCGAGUGUGGUCCCAUCUCGAGAGGACGUGGAUUGGGCCCAGCGACUCCAGGAUGUUCCUUUUAGUGUGUCAAAACAAUUGCCCACAGUUGAAGGGCUGGGACAUAGCCCUGGCCAUGUACAUUCUACUCCGCAGUUACAGUUUCACGCAAAUGGCAAUGGUGUGGUGGAGUCUAAGCAGACGACAGAGGAGGGUGGCGGCGGGUAUGGAUUAUGGGUGCAUGAGGGUUUUAUGGGGAUUGGGGCCCUGGAGGUGAGGCAGCGGAAUGGCUUUGAGGUAGGUGUUCAAUCGCUGCAAAGCCGGUGGUCACCGCCACCAGAGACUGAGGGGUUAAUCCCUUCAGUGGUAUGCCACAAAGUUGGUUAUUGCUGGGAUCAUCUUUCCAAACCUUGGAGAAUCACAGCAUAAACCUAUCUUAGUAUCUUCCGUCUUAUCUCAUUUAGGAUCUCUUCCCCCCCCCCCCCUCUUUGUUUGCAAUUUGUGCAUGGGAUGGUCAUGGUGGUGUAUGGGAUCCCUUGUUUACUUAACCAUAUUUGGCUGCAUCUUCUGCUGGCACGCUAAAAAAUGCCCACUGGUCAGUCUCUAGAUAGGGACAGAGAUCGGCAUGCAAUACUCUCUUUCACUUGGGGCCCUUUUUACCCCCAUUUCUACCUCAGCGCUGUUCUGUGUCUUCUGAGUCCCUCGCUGAGGCAGGAGAUUGCAGUGAUUUGGGGGAAGCCUGCACGGCCAGAGGAAAGCUUGGAAUCCUGUGGACAGGAAGUCAUUGUACAGCUCUAUCUAUAUUUCCAGAAUUCUUGUGCAGUAACUUUUUCAACAUGUGGUUUCCCUGGCUUCAGCCAUUUGUGUUAUUAAUCGCUUCUUCAGUGAUGCUUGUGUUUAAUUAUUCGGAUCUUUCGUAAAACGAAGCACGGCAUGAGCCAGUAGAGUACAGUGUUGUAUUUGUGGAUGUAUCCACUGAACACCUCCAUGCAUGUGCUUAUUCGUCAUAGAUGCAGAGUCCUUAACUGGACGCAUCAUCAGUCCGGGCGUUCUGAAUUCGUUUCCGGGGCCAGGUGCCCAUACCACUGGUUGGUUAAUUCACUGCAUCUAAGCUCACCACCCCUCAGCCGGUCCUUCCAUUGCCCUCUGUGCCCCCCUUGCCUGCAGGAUCCCACGUUUGACUGUCUUUCCUUUGCCUUUGCCUUUUCUAUUUAACGGCUGCACUGUGCCUAUUUCUUCGUGCGCACCAUAGUCUCUAUAUGCAAAUGUCAAUGUUCCUAGUGGCAUGUUCGGUAGAUUGGCCUCCUGGUGUGUGUGUGUGUGCGUGUGCGUGUGCGUGUGUGUGCGUGUGCGUGUGUGUGCGUGUGUGUGUGUGUGUGUGUGUGUGUGUGUGUGUGUGUGAGAGAGAGAGAGAGAGAGAGAGAGAAAUGGGGAUCAGAACAUAGCAUGAGGAGUGGAGGAAGGUGUGUUUAUCAGAUUGUUGGCAGUGGAAUGCACUCGAAUUCUUCUGCCAAUGGCAGUUGACAGUGAAAUGCAAUGGAAUUCUCUGCACUAUUGGCAGUGCUGCUGGUUCAUCCUCGUCAGCUUACCCUUCCCUCUCUUUCUGGUGGUUAGAUAUGACAGUUAGUCUGCAUUGGAUACAACAUCAAGGGCACCUAAAUGCUGUCUUGCUAAACUGUGGGCUUCAUGGCAUCAAGGGGCGGUGGAAUUUCUUCUGGUGGGUAUUCUAGAUAGCUGUUCAUCAGGUUACUGCUUGUAAAAAGCGCUGCGAGGGCCUGUUUCCUGCCAUGCCGCGUGUUAAUCGUAUUGGUGUCCGUCUGUCUUCACUUUUGGAGACUGUCCCAGCCGUAG